AUGAAGCAUAAUGAACUGAUUGAACAAGGCAUGAACAGGCAUCGGCAUAAUCCAAUUGCAUUUGAAGGACAACCACUACCGAGCAUGAUGUAUCCAGAAAAAAACUUGUAUGGAGUCUACGACUAUCACUUUCCAUACACAGACCAGUCGUUCCAGCCAAUGUACAUAAAUCCAAAGCAACUCAACUGGAUAAUGAAAAGAAAAGCAAGAAGAGAUGUGCUUGAUUCACUCAUGGUGGCGAAUAGGAGAAAUUACUUGCACGAGAGCAGGCAUAUACAUGCAAUGAAGAGAUUGAGAGCACCAUCUGGCAGAUUUCUGACGAAGAGGGAAACAGAAGAAUUCAUCAAGAAAAAUGGUUCUUAG